GACUCGCAUCUCUAGAUGACAUGCAAACCGGCUGAAAAAUGGAGAAAAGUGCUUAAUAUUUUGUUAAAAACUAAUUUAUAUAUGUGAACGUUUUGAUGAAAAGUGCUCGCCAUGGACAUUAUAUUGCCUGAGCAGUAUAAUGAACAAAAGUUUCUUGACUGCGCCUCGCAAAUACAAUAUGACGAGUUCAACGCGAAAAUGUUUGUGUUCUUUGCGAACUACAGCGAUGUCGAUGUCUACCAGCUGAUACCAGAUGACCGCAUCCUGCAAUUAAUCUACGGCUGGGAUGUGUGCCGACUGCACACACGCGAGUGCAUCACAGAGGAGCUCGGCCACAUUGUCCGUGUGCUGGCGCAUCACACGCUGCAUUUGUGGUUUAGCCAGGAAUGGAUGGGCAGCUCUGAGAGUCUAAAACGCAUGCUGUUGUACUAUUUGAGCAAAGGUUAUAGGGCGUUCAGCAAGAUUAAGGGACUAUGCGAUAUCGAUUGGCAGUAUUUACUCAACUUCCAAGUCAAUCCCUGGCGUCUACCCUAUCUGCAGCAGCUCUUUGCCAACCUGCUACAGAAUAAACAUCAUGUGAUAGAGCACGCUGUGCAACCGGCAACGGCAGAAGAUGAAACAUAUCUAAUGCAGGAGCGUCUGCAUCUAAUUAUACUGCGGCUACUGAAACUGUUCGAUGCCGGCAGCUGGGAAGCCGUUAAGCAGUUAUCACUGCGUGUGCUCGCUGCCUGGUUGAAGUGCAAUCCCAGAGUCUGUACCGCGAACUUGCAUCCAGAGCAGAGGUCUAUUAUACUGGUGGGACAUCUCUAUUUGCUCACAGUUUUUGUAGCGGACGAUAAUCGUGGUUAUAUGAUUGAUAAUAUGAUGUACAACAUACGCUUCUAUGCGCAAAGCAUGCAGGAUGCUUCGAAUGCGGAGGCUAUGGGUUACACUCCAGCUAGGCUAAUUGCCCAGGUUUGUGUGCGUCUGGGCCUGGGCAAGGAUGGGUUCUUUGAAUACAUUGUGUUUAAAAACUUCAAUUUGAGCCUGGUCACGUCAUUCGCUGUUAUGCUGGAGGCCUACACCAGCUACGUGUUGGGUAACCAGCUGCUGGAACUGAUGGCACUGAAUGAACAUGAUUUCAUGACGCACAUGGCGCAGUUCAAGGUGCUGAUGCAUCGCUAUGUCGAGGAGCGCGAGAACAGCGAGCGUUUUCUGCUCAAUGAACUGCAGAAGCUGGAUGCGCAGCGCAAUAGUCACGCCUUGCCACACACGGUUAAUCUGAAUCUGAACUACCAACAGCAGAUCUGUAAGGGCAAUCGUGCGAGCAACAUUGGAAACUAUAAGAACUGCGACGAUGAUGAGAAGCCGUUGCUGGAUGUUGACGAGGAACUCGACAGGCAAAUAGAUCCGGUCUUUCAGAAUGUGCCCAAUAACGAGGAGGUUCUGGAGUUUGUAUACAAUUUGCUGGCACAGCGUAAAUUCAGGGGUUGGCAGUUCGCCAAGAUUGCGCUGCUGCUGAAGAUAAUUGGCCAGAAGCUCAACACAAUUGAAGUCUGGCGCUAUCAUCCUGGCCUGACCACACAAUUUAUGCUGAAUCUGGAGCACAAGCUCUCUGAUAACUAUGCCGAUUUGGCCAAGGUGUUUACGGAGCAUGGCUUCAUGGAAGCCGAGUUUUGGUUAACAGCGUUCUAUUUGCAUCCAACACGCAGUAGUUACUGUGAGGUGAAACGCUGUUCGCGCAUCAAAAAGAAACGCAAGGAUGAGGAUGAAGUCUCUAGCAGAGCAGCGGCACGUGCCGAGAAAGUGGAUCACAUCAAAUACGAGCUGUUGAGUUCAACGAUAGAUGUCGAUGAAAUUGUUGCCAUCACAAAUCACAAUUCGCCCGUAACCGACUAUGAUCCUAUCUAUAAGGCGCUGCAAACCCUGCGCUUGCCGCGCAGCAUACUCAAGGACCUCCUGACAGUGGCCUUCCAACCACGCAACAAACGAUAUUCCUGGGCGCUAGAAUGGAACACUUUGCACCAACGCUGCAGCAGCCUGCUGAAAAGCACAGAUCUAAAGCGAAAAUUUGUGGCUCUAAAUAUGGCCGAGGCUAAUGAUGGUCUGAAGUUUUUGAAAAUCGAUUAUGAAAAGUACAAAAAUCGGCCUCAAUUAGAUUAUGGCACAAUCGAAGAGGGUUACGAGAACGCCGUCAGCACAGCCGAAGCAGAGGUUGAAUUGAGCCUUGAAGACGAAGAGGCUGCGCAAAAGGCAGCUCGCGAAAAAGUAGAGAAAGAUCGAAAGCGUUGCCGAAUACCGACCAAGUUCUGGGAGGAGGUAGUCUCAGAAGAUGAAGAGGAGGAGGAACAGGAAUCUGACGAAUCGGAAGCCUAUUACACAGGCACAGGGCGACGCACUCGCGUUCGCGCCGCUGCACUAAUGGCAAAUGCCAUGAUCUCAGACAUGGAUAGGACCAUGCGCAGCGGACGUCGUUCGCCUGCAGCUCCUACAGCAACUGCUGUUGCCGAGUUGACAGCGGAACCACCGCCACCACCAGCAUCAGAAAAGCCCCAAACGGCGCCAGAGGCUACGACGUCGCAGCCGCCGCUGGAGGCACCAAUCCAACAGAGGCGUUCGUUUGGUGAGCUGCUGCAGUCGCAGGCCAAGUACACAAACGAAACAAGCGGCUUUAAAGCCUUCGCAGACAUUUGGAGUUUCGAGAAGGACGAGCAGAUAAGCAUAGAAAAUGACGACAAUGUGCUUAUGGAGAGUAAUACGCUGCUGAGCAAGUUCAGGAGCUUGCAGGGCCUGAGACGAAGCACAACAGCAACAACAGCCGAUAAUAAUACCCAGUCACGGGCACUCGAGAAGUCGGAAACAUCAAUGGAAUACUGCAGAGUAGCGCGUACCAGCAGCCGUUGCAACAGUGAGGCGGACAGUUUGCAGUCUGGAACAUCUACGAUGGCCAUGCACGACGCCAACGAGUUCGAGGAGGGACAAUCUGAAGCUGUAUCUGGCGUAAGUAAAGAGUUAACGCCCCCGCCGGCGCCAACGUCUGAUUUUACAAUGGAGACAGAAGUGUUGCAGCUCAGAGGAAAGUUUCUAACCAGAGAUGAGGCAACCGCCAAAUCACUGCCGUCAGCAGGGAUACAGGAGGUACAGAAGAGGACAACAGCUGAAGCAGAGGCGGAACCAGCAGAGAAACACUCCGAGGAAUCGUCAAGCAAACGAAUCAAAACCAAGCAUGAAUCAAGAGUCGAAACCCACAUUGAUGAUCACAACCAAACCAAAGAGGCAUCCGAAGGUUCUGUGCACACAGCAAUAAGCCAAGUUAAUGCACGUCUAGUCGAGGAAUGUUUGACGCGCCAGGCUGAGGUGCGUCUGGACAUGCUCACAUUGCAGGACAUUGAAAAGUUGCGCGGUCUUCGGGUGCGUGUGAAGCGCACCAAUUUUCUUGACUACUAUCGCGAAAAGAGAAUGCAACGCGAUCGCAGCAGACCCACGUCGAGCAGCAAGCAAAGCCACACCCACACCGAAGACAGCAACGCCUCGACGCCGACAUCGGAGCUACAGAGCGGCACGAGCAAAAGUAGGAAACGUUUUGUGCAUAUAACAUCCGAUUCGGCCGCACCGACGACGCGAGUGAUGUUGGCCAAGCCGCGCUUUAAGCAAUUCAAGCGAUUCAAGCACGUUACUUCCGACUCGUCGACCUCAACCGAUCCCGAGGAGACGUCACGUCCAGCCACGUUGCAUCGACGACGACGUGGUCAUAAGUGGAUCCAAACGAAGAGCAAAUCCAUUCAUUUAAAGUCAGAGAAGGCCAAGCAUGUGACCGGCGAUACGGAUGUAAUAGAGCUCUCAUCGGACUCGCUGUCGUCGUCCGUAUCGCCAGUGCCUGUGACUGUGACCCGUUUUCCCGUGAUGGUUGUGCCAUCGGAAUUGGAUCCACUCUAUGAAGAGGAAGUUGUUCCCUUCUGAAGAUGGCAGACAUUUGCUUAGCUGGUGCUGUUUUGGUCUCUCGCUUCGCCCGGGGCUACGUGCCUGAAACGAAUGCAGUCGGGGUUGCAUGCCGCACACACAAACACACACAUCCAUACACACGCACGUACGUAAACGCACACCAGGGGCAGGGAGAUUGGGCAUACAGGCAGCUUGGAAAAUUGAAUUUGCGUCGCUUGUUAGAAUGCAAUUUGCCCGGGGCAUAUAUUUGAUGUGUAUGUGUAUUUGCUUACGCUCGGACUGUGUUAGGAUGUUUGAUGAAAUUAUAUAUGUACAGAAGUCCGCAGACAGGGACUAAGCCAUGUUGGCUUUUAUUUGGUUAACGCGACUGUGACGCUGCCUCGAGGCUCUUUAAACCGGGUGUGUUAGUGUAAGUGUGAGUGUGUGUAUGUGUGUGUGCCAACCAGCGUUAGCGUGAGUCUUGGGCGACAAUUGUUGAGAAAAUGAAUGCAGCUUCCAUAAUAAUUCACAUACUUCCAUGCAAACCUAAUAAGCGCUCACACUUCAAUUAACUGUAUAAUUGAUACGCAUUAUGCUUACUACAAAACCUCAAUUAGCCACACGCGUCCGGUCGGCGGCUGCCACUUGAGAUGUUUCGGGCGUAACCAAUAACAAAAUUGACAACAAAAAUAACACACACCACGCCGGACACGUGUCGAGUGGUGUGAAUUUUGAUGCGAACAUUAUUAUUGUGUUAAAAACCAUAAAUCCGACUAGAGGCCGCGUUGAUAAUCCUAAAAACCAUUGACUAAAUUCAAUAAUAAUCAACAGUUUCCUGGCGUCUCUAUGGGAAUCUCAAGAUGUAUUAAAUGUGUGACCAAAAAUGUAAAUAAACAAUAACUAAUAUUGACAUCUACAUUUUAA